UGCUGCUGGGGCCCAGGUUGGGUGCUGUGACUGUGCUCCUUCGGGAGGCCUUGAGGUGCCUCUGGCUGGAGCCAUGCAGGAGCUGGUGGCAGGCGUGGAGAGGCUCAGGUUCCACUUGGAGGCUGAUGUGGAGCAGCAGAGAGGAGCCCAGCUCCUGCCCCUCCCGGGUAUGUGGCACACGGGCACGGAGCGGGCAGUGGUGUGCAAGCACUGGGUGCGCGGGCUGUGCAAGAAGGGCGACGGCUGCGGCUUCCUGCACGGCUACGACGUGACCAAGAUGCCCGAGUGCUACUCCCACGCCAAGCUCGGCGAGUGCAGCAACAAGGACUGUCCCUUCCUGCACACCCACGCCACGGCAGACAGCGGGGCCUGCCCCUGGUACGACCGAGGCUUCUGCAGGCAUGGACCCUCGUGCAAGUACAAACACACGCGGAGGGUGAUGUGUGCCAACUACCUCGUCGGCUUCUGCCCAGAAGGACCCAAAUGCAAAUUCAUGCAUGUGGACAGAAAGGUCACUACGCCAGCAAGUGUAGGAAGAAUCAGCUGGAAAUCCUGCUGGGAAAAUGACUUGAGUGCUCCUGCGAGGAGAGGGGAAGGAGGCCACAGGACAGCACGAUGGAGCCAGAGAGACUCCCAGUAGGACAGCUGCUGGACUAGAAAAGCCAGUUGGUUUUGCUCGGCACUCGCUCUCACAGCUCUGCACAAGGAGGGAUCACAGCGUCCUUAAUGCAGCUGGAAUUGCACCCUUCACCGUCCCACCGGUGGUCACCGCCUGCUCCCUCCUGUGCAGCUGCGUUUGGAUGGGGGCAGCGGGGAGGGGGCACGAGGAAAUUCAAAGCCCACAGGUUUGAGGGGUGUGGGAACAGCUUGUGCCGGAGUCCUGGGCAGAGGACGGUGUGGGUGUGCUGCUCCCCUGUGAAGGGGGGGGUGAGAAACACAAUGUGGGAAACACGGGGGGCUCAGCAGCAAAGGAAAAUGCACCCAGGCUUUUAUUGCUGGUAAGGGGAGUUCUUGGUGAAACACCUCUGACACAAUACUUCUGCACCUCACUUGGAAUAAAGAGUUCAUCUUUUUGUUGC